UUUUUAUUCUUCAGUUACAAAACCAUGUUCCGUCCUAUUUUUCAUAAAUUAUACCUUAACAAUGUUCGACAAAUGAGUACACAAACCUUUAAUGCUGAACAAGCUGCUUCCAAAUUACACAUCACAUUCAAAACACCUGGUAUUUUACAACAAGCAUUAACUCAUCGAUCCUAUUUACAAGGCAACCUUCCAACCAAUGAUCGUUUACAACGUCUCGGUAACCAAGUUUUACGUUUAACUGUAUGUGAAGAAGGUGUCAAAUCAUUGGGUAAUGCAGCUCAUAAAAACGAUUUACGCGAUUAUAUCACAAAGUACACCGAUUCCGAUUAUUUAGCUCAACAAUUUGACGUAUUGGACUUGACCGAUGGAUUACGAUAUAAAGCACCUGGACAAGGUGUACCGACACUUAUUAAGGCAAAGGCUUUUGAAUCUGUAGUAGGUGCCAUUUGUCAUGACCAGGGAACUAAAGCAGCACAAGAAUUUGUCACAUCUCGUCUAUUCAAAUAGAAUCUAUCCUCUUAUUUUUAUCCCCUAUAGAUUAGAUUAUCAUCAUUUUACUAUUCAUCCUUCAUUUAAUAAAAAUCAUUGGAAUAUAUAUAUAUAUGGAUAUAUGUAUAUAUUUAUUGGAAUGAAA